AUGAGAGAAUUAGAUUUGAAAAAAAAUGAUAGAAGGGUUUGGAAGUUUCGAAAUUCAAGGAAAGUAUCACAGUUUAACAUCUGGACACAUGGAUUAGAUUAAAAAGGAAUGAGCUAAUUAAUUAAGUUAUAAAUAUUUUUUAUUUAAUGA